UUUAUUUGAUUUUAUUUAUUUGAUAAAAAUUACACGUUGUUUUGGACAAUGUCGGCUCGAGAUGAGAAUAACUCAAUCCGACAGUAACUUACUCGAUAUAUUACGAUAAAUUCUCCAAUAAUUUUGGAAAGUGGACGAUUUAGAAAAAAUUACGACAAUAAAAGCUUUAAUACAGGGUGGGGCAGUCAAACCCCCUUUUUUCAUAUAGCUCGGAAAAAAGUUAAAAAAAAAGAAAAUUCAAUUUAUCGUAAGAAAUCUUAAGUACACGAGUGGAAAUUUAUUUAGGCAAUGAAAGGUUCACUUUUUGAAAAUCAUGUCUGGUAAAUGACGACCGUUAUUUUCCAAGACUGCACACCACACGGUUACUUUAGCGGAAUGGAGUGGCCGUUCAUGAAGUUCAUUAGGGUUUUCUGGAGCCCAAUAGCGAAAAUUCUACUUGUUGACGUGUCCACUAAGAUGAAAAUGAGCUUCAUCGCUCAUCCACACUUUAUGAAUGAGUUGUGGGUCAUCUUCUAAUCUUUAACAUUACCUCGCAAAAAUGAACUCGAGCCGCAUGAUCACGAGGAUUUGAAGCCUGGACUAUUUGAAUUUUGUAUGGAUGUAGGUGUAGGUCAUCAUGCAAAAUUCUUCUUACUGUUCGGUUUGAAAAUCCUAGAGCAAUGUUGUGGCGUCGAGCAGAUCUUCGAGGGCUUCGUUGCGAUCGCAACUCGCACAGCUUCCACAUUCUCAGGAGUGCGAAUGGUCCUUGCUGUACCUCCUCUUUCCUUCGUUGUCCGACCUGUUGUUUCCAAAUUUUCAAUCCAAUUCUUCAUGGUUUUUCUGUCCGGUACAGGAGCUCGAGGCAAGAGAUUAAAAUGUCGGGUGGAACGCUCGUUGCGCGCCUACGUAGCUUUCACCAUUCAGAAGACGGCGUUCGCCCGCGAGAUUGGCAACCUCGAAGAUCCAGUUGCAAAGUACCGUUCAGAUUGCUGCGAUUAUGCACGCUGGUGAUAUUCCUGCCGUCCAUUCUGAUCGCCGGGCCUAUGUACCUGCGGUACCAUGUAUACUCCGAACAGCUGUACCCUCUGACAGUAUCGGAUCAGAGACUGAUCGACGCCAGAAUAUCGACCAUUUGGUGCCAAAGUCAAUUGAUCAAAGCUAACGCCACGUUCAACGCGUAUCUGAUGAGCGGCGAGCCAGCGGUUCAGAGCGAAGCGGUGCCCGUUUCGAUGACGAGACACUUGAUCCUGGAGGACGACAUGAAGGAGUACUGGGGAUUUUACCUGCUGCGCGGCAGUAGCGUCACCGUCUCGACCUGUGUAAGAUGGCCAGGUGCUUCUUUAACAAUAAUCCGUGGGCACAAGCAUCUGCACGAGUGCGCCUUCAUCGGAGACGAUAGUAGCGAGGAGCUCGAGGAGCUUCUCGAGACCGCUCAGGAACAAGGACUUCUUACAACGAACGGCACCACAGAAGCGACGAGUCUCAGCAAUGUGCCUGAAAAGAUGAGACGAGCCGGGCAAGAUGUGCACUUUCAUCACGAGGACGGCGUCCAGCGUUCGAACGUUUCCGAGUCGAUCGAAUAUUCGCAUCAACCGGGCGGCAGUCAUGAGCUGGAUGCCAAAGCGUUGCGAAAUAUACUCACUCAGAUUCUCGCCAAGACUCUCGACAUGAAGAGGAAGAAAGAGAAUCCGCAUCACCAUUACAAGAGCGUAUUCCGGGAGUCCGCCAAUAUUGACAAAUUCGACAAAUUAACGACAACCUCUACCACGAAACACUCGGAGAUUUCGGGUCAGCCUCAUCAUCCUCUUCCUCGGCAAAAAGCGAUUAGCAGAUUUGGUAAUCAUAAAGAGACCUCGGAAAGUAGUACAGAAUCCAAGCUGAUGUCUUCGAGUGCAUCGUUUUUUUCCGAGGAAAAGUCGUCGGAAGAGGAAGAAGGAAGAAGACGACACGAUGAAGCGAAACUCGAAAUCCAAAAGAAUUCCACGUCUUCUUCGUCUUCUUCUCUCGAUGUCCGUCGAGGUUCGACGAUAUCCGACGUGCGAACGGAAACCGUCGUUUCACGGGAGACCAUGCAAGCGGAAACGGAAAACAAACGGUUGGACUCCGCGGAGAUGUUUCAAGAUGUUCUGCGAAAGAUCAGUUCCUUGGGCAGUCGUGGCAGACAGAUGCUGCGUAAGCUGAUGGACGAGAUCGACGCCCAAGGUGUCGAGGGUGAGGCGCUGAGGCGACUGGUGAACGAAACGAUGAAUGACGAGAGAUUGACGAGCGAGGCUAAGCACAGACGAAGGAGGGACCUGGUCCUCUCAUCGCCGCUUUAUCGGGAUUUGACGUGGGAAGAUGAGGACGGCGACGCUCCAUUAGAAGAGGGUAUGUUGAACCCGGACGGGAUCGCGGAACACCGAGGCACCGUGAACGAGACGGACUUGAACGACAGGAGCAACUCCGAGUUCUGGAGUUCGUUUAGCAGCUCCGAGGAGCGGCUGCUGGAGUGUAAAGGUCUUAUCUUGAACUUACCAUUGACUCCGCAUCGCCAAUGCACACCCAAACACGAAAGCCGUCAUGUUACGGCCUCCUUCGCCAACACCGUGACGUACAAAGUACCUCUAAACGGUUAUUACUUCUUCGUGUUCAAUUCGGAGAACGAGAUCCAACCAAAUUACGUGCGGGUGCAGUUCGACCUGCUGAAGACUGUCUACAACACGUCGAAUCCGGUGUAUUCUUGCAAGAACAGCACGAAGGAGUGCUCAUUGCCGUUCAAUAUCUUCAGCAACGAAAGGACGAUACUGGAGGUGCCGUUGAGCGGCAACGAUUCGCAGUGGAACGAGGAAUACAUGGUGGUGUCCAUGUGCGUGCCACGGACUACGAUUUAUUUCAUUUGCGUCGUCAUGGUGCCCCUGUUGAUCCUUUGCUUCGCUUUUCAAUAGAAGACUGAGUCACCGACACUCAGUAUUUUCCCGAUAAGAUACCGAUAAAGUCCCGAAUAAGACCGUGUUCGGAAGGUGGCGCGAAUUCGAUUUGCUCGUGUAAAUACUCGGUAGUUUACUCGAUGUAAAUUCAUGUAGCGAGAAGGAUGCGGCUGGUGGUUUCGAGAUACUCCGUGUUGCGGUAACUUAAUAAACAUUAGUUUAGACGACGUGAAACCCAGAUUUCGUCGAUGAAAGCACCGCGAGAUCGACCAGAAGAUCUCGUGAAAUCUGCAGCUACGAUGAAUUACAUCUUCAUUAGAUUCGUUUCGCGUUUUUUCCGGUGAUAAAAGAUCUCGAAUAUCAUUGAGAUUGUGAUUAUACACUUCGCGAGAUCGCAACUCUGUAGUUGCUGUAAAUAUUUUCAGUCGGUUCUCUUAGUCUGCGAUAGCGACUCGCGCGGAUUUAUGCUUCAAGCGUAACAUAAAGUCAUAGAUGCAUUCAGAGUGAGAUAUUGUUCCUAAUAUGAUACGCAACUUCGACGUUGAAAUUCAACGUCGAUUCUGACGCUCGCGGGCGAUACGCAAUAUGAUUAAUUGUGACAAUGUAACGUAUAUGUUGCUGAGCGGCGCAAUCAAUUUUUCGAUUGCACACGUGCGAA